UGUGACGGAGCCAUACUGCAAGUGGACCUGGGCUCCUCAGGUGUUUGGGAUCCAGUCAUGGCUGGGAAUUCAGACAAAGUACCGAUCGCCUCCGCGGGACCGGAGGACGUACAGCAGCUCAUGCCUCCGGCAUACUCCACCUUGGCGGUGAAGCCUGCCACCACCGGACGCGUCCUAAAGGCCGGGCUUGCGGUGCUCAUCGCAGGGGCCCUGCUGCUCCUGCUGGGGGCCGUCGGAGCCUUUUACUUCUGGAACAACAACGAAAAACACGUCUACAAUGUCCACUACAGCAUGAGCAUCAAUGGCAAAGUGGAGGAAGGCACCAUGGAGAUUGACACAGAGAACAACAUGGAAAAGUUCAGCACCGGCAGCGGAGCAGACGAGGCCGUGGAGGUCCACGAUUUUGAGAUUGGAAUCACAGGGAUCCGGUUUUCAGGAGGCGAAAAGUGCUACAUCAAGACCCAGGUGAAGGCUCGCCUGCCUGAUGUGGAGGCUCUCGAUAAGGAUUCAGUGACCUUUGACCUGGACGAUGAAGUGAUGCCGGCCAAAUUUGAGGAGGAUCUUGUGUGGGUGGCGGCUGGUGCGCCUCUCUCGGACUCCGCCUUCCUAAGCAAGAAGAUCAAGGAUUUGUGUGGAGAUCUGCCAAUCUUCUGGUUGCGUCCAACCUACUCGACGAGCGGACAAAGGAAGACGGGGGCCGUCUCCCGCCGCCGCCGUCAGGCACGCAGGGAUGAGGAGGAAGAAGACGUGGAGGCUGAAUUCAACCCUGAGAACCCCUAUCAGAAUAACCUCGAGGGUGAGGACACCAUGAACAUUGACCCCAUGUUGGACCAUGAGGGGGUCUGCUGCAGAGAAUGCCGCCGCAGCUACACCCAUUGCCAGAGGAUCUGCGAGCCACUGGGAGGAUACCACCCGUGGCCAUACCACUACCGCGGUUGCAGAGUAGCCUGUAGAGUAAUCAUGCCUUGCAACUGGUGGGUGGCGCGUAUUCUGGGUAUCGUCUAGACACCCGCCAUGGAAAAACGGCCGAGGUAGACUAGUUUUUUUGUUCUGAUCUGAACAGAUUUCUGGGCAUAAUGAGCCACAUAAAAAGCUAUGCUGAGAAGACACUGGCAUGUAAAGGUGCUUGUUAACUGCAUAUCACAUUUAUUCCAAGCUAGAAACACUAAUAAAAUGAAUUAAUCUAAAUAAAGUAUUACUUUGUCAUAUAUAUCUAUAUGGUUAGCAGGUAUUUAUGAGGUUGUAAUGUACGUUUUGAUGUAAAUAAAUGUAAAAGGUGCAACAUUCUAACCGCAUUCAGAAUCUUUUAACCUCUCAUCGGUCUAGUGUGAAAUAUUUGUGACGCUUGUGUUGUCCCCUUUUUCCCACUUUAAAAGCAAAAGUAGCACUCAUUAAUUCACUGUAAGCUUGCAGAUCUUUUAUCUAAAUUUAUGUGUAUUUGCGUCAGUGAGAAAUAUCACAUAAUAAAAUUUUUUUUAAGUAAAAUACAUUCUGUACCUGGAAUUUUUGUUAAUAUAAAUUGUUUUAAAGGACAGGUUGUUGGAGGACACAUUUGGAGCAUACCAGAGUGGGUGGGAGUAGUCAUCUCCUAAAUUAUAAGCAUCGUUAAGAGUCUCUGAAAUAAAAUGUGGACACAUUUUAAUCAACAUAUUCAAUGAUAUUCUCAAGUAUUUUUUUAAAGUGAUAAGACUAAAGUCAAAGCCUUUGCAAGUGUUGGAUAAUGUCAAUUUGCACCUAAAGUCAAAAUUGUGUUACUCGAGUUUGUACUUCUGGAGGA